AUGAGGUGGAACUGCAGGGGAUCCUCUGAGAAGUUGUUGGCAGGGGAGAGCGGAAUCGGGUUGAUGGACUGGUUCUAUGCGUCCAAGUUUCCGACUCGGUUUGGUUUUACGGUGGAUGGGUAUAUUGAUCAGAAGAAUGACCAAAGGCUUGAUGAUUGUCUUCACUAUUGCAUUGUUGCUGGUAAAAAGAAGAAUCUCACCCUCACUGCCUGCUGCAGCCAUCGCCAUCGCCAUCGCCAUCACCAUCGGCCACUGAUGCUUGAAAGAGAUAUGUUGUUAUCAACCACAAAAAAUGAACCAUCCCACUAUAUGUUAAAGAUCGAGUCCUUCUCUAUUCUUUCUGAAGCUGGAAAUAUCAAAAUUGAAUCUGAUGUUUUUGAAGCCAGUGGUCAUAAAUGGAGACUGGAUUUGUAUCCAAAUGGAAAUAAUGAGGAAAAGGGUGACAAUCACAUUUCUUUGUAUUUAAUAAUAUGCGACACUGAAAGUCUUGAGAAGGGGUGGAAAGUCCAUGUUGAUGUCAAAUUUUUUGUUUAUGAUCAUAUAGCUCACAACUAUGUUAUCUUUCAAGAUGAUGAUAGAAAUAGGACACGGUUUCAUGAGAAGCAAAUAAAAUGGGGUUUUGAGAAACUAAUAUCUUUGGAGCAUUUUAAGGAUAGUAACAAAGGAUACCUUUUCAAUGAUUCAUGUAUCUUUGGAGCUGAGGUUUUUUCAGUUCCAGAGUAUACCCUGAAAGAUAGAUGCUUAUCCAUGAUAAAGCCUCCAGCAACUAUGAACACUUACACUUGGAUUGUUGAUAAAUUUUCUUCUAUAAAAGACGAUUGCUUGCAUUCUGAGGUGUUCAAAGUUGGAAAAAUCAAGUGGACUUUAUCACUGUUUCCAAAAGGAAGAGGUGCAGGAGUAGGGACAAAUUUGUCAUGUUUUUUAAAGGUACAUGAGGCUAAGUCAUUUCCUGAUGAUUGGAAAGUUUAUGCAAGAUUUGAACUUCGGAUUAAGAACAAAAGUGGUUAUGCUGCAAAAGACACGGGGCACUGGUUUUGUGAAGAGGAAGAUGAUUGGGGUUUUGCAUGUUUCAUUUUGUUGAGUGAACUUUGUGACAUGAGUAAGGGCUUUUUGAAGAAUGAUAGGCUUAUUGUUGAAGCAAAGAUUUCAGUUGUUGGAAUGCUAAAAAAUUUCAUAUGA